AUGCCAUUCUAUAUAAAUAAAAUUAAAAUUUAUAUGUCAGUAUCAUAUGAUAUAUCAAGAAUUACUCAAAUUCUGCAAAUUCCUUCUAGACUUCGUAGUCAAGAGGAUAUUGCCUAUCUUAUGGCUUUAACAUCAAAAGUAGACUUUUUUAGAAAAAUAACUGAAGAACAAAAAUCAUCUGAAAUUCAUAAAGCUUGCUGCCAAAUAAUGACGUUUGAAGAGCGUAAAAUUGGAGAUACUAUAGUAAAUUUUGGUGAUAACGGAUUUAAUUUUUACAUUGUUCUCAAAGGGUCUGCUUCAGUUAAUAUUCCAACAAAGAAAGAGGUCAAAAUAAAUCUCAAAGGUGUAGAGACUGAUAAACUUAAAAAGAUUGUUUCGACACUUAGUGAUGAAGAAGAUGAUAUAGGUGAAAUAAAAUUCGACCCAAAGAAAAGAAAGCGUCGUGCUGGAAAAAUUUUCAAUGCGGUUGAUCUUAUUUCACUUAGUACUGCUAUGCAAGAAAAGGAAAAUGAAGAAAGUGAUAAUCAGCAGUUAAAUGAGUUUUGCAAAAUAAAUGAUUUAUUUAAAGACAGACUUGAUGAAGAAAAAGCAAUAAUUCUGGAUUUUUUAUCAAAGCAAAAUCCAGAAGCAAAAGUUGUAAAAAUAGAAACUGAGGAAUUAACCAAAGUUGCUAUCAUAAAUGAAGGAGAAUCCUUUGGAGAAUUGUCUUUGAUAAGUAAUAAGCCUAGGGCUGCUACACUUAUUGCAGAAGAAAAAAUAAUUUUGGGAGUCAUAUCAAAGCCAAAUUUUAAAAAAAUUCUUGGAAAAUAUGAAAUAAAACGGCUAAAUGAAAAAAUUGACUUUCUUCAAGCUUUACCAAUGUUUUCUAAUUGAAGUAAAACUGCUUUAUAUAAAUUAGGACUUUAUUUUUCAAGAGUUUUAUACAAGAAGCAUCAGUUCGUAUAUAAAGAAGGCGAUCUAGCUAACACUGUUUAUUUUGUAAAAUCUGGAGAAUUUAAGGUAAAUCUAAAUUAGAUUACAAAAAUCCAUAGUGAAUUGAAAGGUGUUGUUGAUGUCUCAUCUUUAGAUACUCAAUCAAGCAGGCUAACCAGUAAUGGCACUGUUCUUAGAUUAGAGCAAAUGAGGAAAAAAGGUAUCCAAAAACAAUUACAAUUAGUAAUCAAAGGAAAAAAUGAAAUGAUAGGAAUGGAAGAGGCUAUGGAAAAUUUUGAUAAAAGAAUUCACUCUUGCCAAUGCUGAUCUGAUGAAGGCGAAUUAUUAUUCAUAAGUAGAGAUGUAAUUAAAAUUUAGAAUUUGAAAGUUGGAAUAACUUAUCCUGAUACAUGAGCCCAAUUAAGAGACAUUCACAAUGCAAAUAGCACAUAUCUUAACCAAAGAGUUAAACAAUUAAUAAAAAUUGAGGAGGCUAAAAAAUCGUUGGACUUAAAAUCAUGAAGUAAAUUGCCAACUACCCUUCUGAAAAGAGAAGAGACUGAAAAACUUAAAGAGAUAUUUCCAAAUAUAAAGGAAAAGCCUGCAAAGGAAGCUAGAUAUAGCAUUCCCGAUAAAGAUCUAAAUCACUCUCCACGAUUGUCCCCAGAGCAUAAAAGGUUUAGAUCUUCUCCAGUUCCAAACCAAUCUCCAUAUUCAGAAAAAGUAAAAACUAGAGAGUCGUCUGUCUUCAAAGAAGACAAAUCAAAAAUCUUCUAUAAUAGAAGAGUUGAUACUGGGAUAUCAAAUCUUGAUAGCCCCAGAAGUCCUAGUUGUUUUACUACUGACUCUAAAAAGAGCACUGAGACAACCCCAUAUAAAAAUUCUUAUCAUAGAAAAGGCGCUCCACCUAGUUUCUUUAUAAAUUUCAAAAAGCGAGCUUCUUCUUCUAAUAGAAAUGGUGAAAAUGUGGCCAAAAAAAUUGCUGAGAAAUUUAAGGAUCAUGCAGAUAAAAGCUUGAAAGAUUAUUCAGCAGAAAUCUAUAAGAGGGCAUGCAAGAGCUAUUUUCUUUAA